GUCCACGACCGGGCUUAAUACAUUAUAGGGGUAGAUCUAAUUCCUCUCGUGUCACCUCACUUUCAACACCCUCCUCCCACUCCCUCAACACGCUCAUUCACCCGCGCAUCCCUGACCGGCCCGCUAGUGCAGCUUAGGCUACUACAUCCUCGCCAACUUCACCUGCGAUCCUCCCCCCUUCAGAUGCCGACAUCCCACCGGUCAUGAUCCCUCGGUGGUUGCUGCUCGUGGUCGGUUUGUUGCUGGCGUGGUCCGCACAACCGGCCACAGCCAAGGGGGAUAAACCCAAACUCUCGACGGAAACACUCGACCAUGCGCCCUACGACCUGUUCUAUUUCAAAGGCAGUGAAACCGUUCUCUACCGUGAUUUUAAGAAACACACUGCCCAUGUCUCGUUUGAUGGAGGCUCGAAAUGGGAAGUCAUCAAGGGUCCUGAUGGAAAGAUGGAGGGCGCGGCGGCGGUUAUCUGGCCGCACCCGUAUGAUUCGAAGCGCGCCUACAUUCUCGGUGAGAAGGGUCAGCAUUGGGUUACGACUGAUCGGGCGGAGACUUGGAAGUCUUUUGAGAUUGAGGCUCGCCCGAUGAUGACCGAGCGCGGGACCCCGCCGCUUGCUUUUAAUGGUUGGAACCCGGAGAAGGUCAUCUUCAUGGGUCUGGAUUGCUCUGGGAUCCUGGGUUGCAUGCCCAAGGCGUGGUAUACCACGGAUGACUUUAAGACUUGGAAUCCGCUGCAGGAGUUGUUCUAUUCGUGUAUGUGGGCGGCGGGUACCCCCGAGUUUGGACACGACCUUGAUUUGUCGGAGAAGCUUGGAGAUCGCAUUUUGUGCGUGGUGCCGGGAUUGAAGGGCACUAUGCAUUCGGAGCGUCUGAUCUUCUCGGAUGAUUACUUCCAGGACAGUAUAGAUGGGACUGAGGUUAAUCUCGACCGUGGACGGCCUGUUACCGGUAGCCAGAUCAUUGCGCGCUCUGUGAAGAAGUAUCUGGUGGUUGGGUUGCAAUCGCAGGGUACCACGGAACAGGCGCUCUAUAUCAGUGAUGACUCGAAGGAAUGGCACCGUGCUGAGUUCCGUGGACAUCGCAUUGAGCAGGAUGCGUACACCGUUUUGGAGAGCACCAACUACAGCAUCCAGGUGGAUGUACAGACGACGUGGCAUAAGAAUAGUGUGGGUGUGCUGUUCUCAUCCAACUCCAACGGAACCUACUUCACCCCGAACAUCGAACACACCAACCGAGACGCCAAUGGUUUCGUUGAUUUCGAAAAGGUCGCCGAUAUCCAGGGUAUUGUCAUUGUGAACACGGUCAAGAAUUGGGAAGAGGUUGAGGAGUCUGACAAGGCCGACAAGAAGCUCGUCAGUGGUAUCAGUUUCGAUGAUGGCAGGACCUUCCAGCCUCUCAAAGCCGAUGGAGAUAACCUCCAUCUCCACUCAAUGACAUCCUACGAUUCGAUGCAGGAGCUUCCCAUCGGCCGCAUGUUCUCCAGUCCUGCACCCGGUAUCGUGAUGGGCGUGGGUAACACUGGCGAUCAUCUCAAGAAAUAUUCUGAUGGCGAUCUCUACGUCUCCGACGAUGCGGGUCUCACUUGGCGCCGCGCACUCAAAGGCCCUCACCACUUCAAAUUCGGUGACCAGGGCGGUGUCAUUGUGGCCAUUAGCGACGACAAGACCGACAAGGUGCGAUACUCUCUCAAUCAUGGCAAAGACUGGGAAGAUCCCAUCAAGCUGGAGCAUAAGAUUAAACCCCGGUAUAUCACGACCACCCCCGAGGCAACGAGUCUGAAGUUCUUGAUUGUCGGCGAGAGUGAGAAAGAGGGUUACAUCAUCUACACUAUCGACUUUGAUGGACUCCACGAGCGCAAGUGUACCAAGGACGACCUUGAACACUGGUGGGCUCUCCUCGAUGAAGAUCGUAAACCGAAGUGUCUGAUGGGCCACAAGCAAAAGUUCACACGCCGCAAGGCCGAUGCGGAGUGCUUCAUCAUGGAGGACAAGCUGGAUCCUCCUAUCUUUGAACCUUGCGAUUGUACCAAGGAGGACUUUGAGUGCGACUACAACUUUAAGCGCAAUGACGAGAAUGAGUGCGUGCCUGCUGUCCCUCUGACUCCUCCUGCGGGUAAGUGUAAGGAGAAAGGCGACAAGUACAAGGGUCCCUCCGGCUGGCGACUCAUCCCUGGAAAUACCUGUCGUCGCACGGAUGGGAAGAACCUCGAUGACGAGAUCGAACGCUCUUGUGAUGAUACCGCCGGCUCUCCUGGUAGUGGCAUCGGCAGUGGUGAUGGCAAGGUUCAUGCUGGCAAUGCGCACGAAUUUGCAGGUGCCAGGCUUGAUUACUUCUAUUUGGAGCGUCAAACGAGUAGCGCCGGAGAUGACGAGACUAUCUUCUUGCUCUCUGGUAAGAAUGAAGUGUUUGUCACGCACGACCACGCCAAGACCUGGGACCAGCCCAAGGAACUCAAGGGCGAGCAGAUCGUGGGCAUGGUCCAACAUCCUUACUACAGCGACGGGGCUUACUUCUUGACUUCUGGUAAUACCGCAUACUCAACCAUCAACCGCGGUGAUACAUUCAAGAAGUUCAAGCUACCUACGUCCCUGGCGAACCUUGACCAGGAGGGCCCCAACCCUCUGGCCUUCCAUGAGAAAUACAUGGACUGGAUGAUCUGGAUGGGUAAUGAUGAUUGCAAGGGCAGCGAUUGUGUCCCUGAUGCGUACUUCUCCAAGAACCGCGGUGCUGACUGGGAAGGACCCGACCUGCGUGGUGUUGGUCAGUGUGUCUUUGCCAACCACCAUGGCCGCGAGGAUAGUGAGAAUCUCGUUAUCUGUGAGCAAUAUGAGAAGGAGAGCAAGAAGUACAACCGUCAGCUUGUGUCUAGCGACUCCAAGGAUAACUGGUUCGGUGACCGCAAGGUUAUCAAUGACAACAUUGCCCAUUUUGUCACCAUGAACGACUUUAUCGUUGUGGCGACCUUCCCCACCGAGAAGCACAAGUAUCUGAAUGUCAGCACCAGUAUGGAUGGCCGUGUCUUUGCGCAGGCCAAUUUCCCCAUCAAUGUUGAUGUCCAGCAAUACACCGUUCUGCCCGGUUCGACCGAUGCCCUGUUCCUGUUUGUCGAGAUCAGCGCCGAAAAGGGUCACAGCUAUGGCCAGUUGGUCAAGAGUAACAGCAACGGCACCUAUUUCGUCUCGAGUCUGCCGGCCGUGAAUGUGGAUGACCGCGGCUAUGUCGAUUUCGAAAAGAUCGCUAACCUGGAAGGUGUCGCUCUGGCUAAUAUCGUUGGCAAUGUUGAUGAUGUCAAGAACAAGGGCUCUAGCAAGAAGCUGCGCUCUGUGAUUACUCAUAACGACGGUGGUCAAUGGGCUUUACUUCCUCCUCCAACGCGGGAUGUCGAGGGCAAGAAGUUCGGCUGCUCUGUUACUGAGGGUAAGGGCACCGAGUCUUGUGCACUGCACCUUCACAGUUAUACGGAGCGUCGUGACUGGCGCGAUACAUUCUACUCUGGUUCUGCUAUCGGCGUGCUUGUUGGUGUGGGUAAUGUCGGUGAAUAUCUGACCAGUGCUGACAGUGAAGAUAUCGGUACUUUCCUGAGCAAUGACGGCGGUAUCACCUGGAACCAAGUCAAGAAGGGCCGCUACAUGUUCGAGUUUGGCGAUGCUGGAUCUGUCAUCGUGCUCGUGCGUGAACUGGAGCCUACCAAGUCUGUCUUCUAUAGUCUCGACGAGGGCAAGACUUGGGCAGAGUUCCAGUUCGCGGAGACUGAUGUGACCGUCCUGGACAUCUCGACCGUGCCCUCGGAUACCUCCAAGAGCUUUGUCUUAUGGGUUCGGGAGCCCAAGUCGGACGGACGCUUUGCUACUAUCCCCGUUGAUUUCAGCGGGAUUUGGGAUCGCGAGUGUGCGCCGCCUGAUGGCAAGGAGCCUAGUGAUGAUUACUAUCUGUGGACUCCUAAGCACCCGAUGCAGGAUGAUAACUGUCUCUUCGGUCAUGUGGAGCAGUACCACCGUAAGAGGCCCGACAAGCAGUGCUGGGUGAACUGGCGCGAUCCGCAUGUCCACCGGGUCGACAGCUCGAACUGCACCUGUACUCGCGCAGACUUUGAAUGUGACUACAACUACGAAAUCCAAAGCGACGGCAGCUGCGGUCUCAUCCCAGGCUUCCUCCCACCCGACCACAGCCUCACCUGCAAAGACGACCCCAACCAAAUCGAAUACUGGGCACCAACCGGCUACCGGCGUCUCCCCCAAACAACCUGCCAAGGCGGCCACGAAUUCGACAAACUCCAACCGCACCCCUGCCCCAACAAAGAAAAAGAAUUCGAAAGUAAACACGGCAUCUCCGGCAUUGGCCUCUUCUUCGCAAUCGUCACUCCCAUCGCUGCCGCCGCCGCAUUCGGCUACUUCGUGUAUACCCACUGGGACGGCAAAUUCGGGCAAAUCCGUCUAGGCGAAUCUGGUGCUUCGUCCGGUCAGGGCUUGUUUGCCCGGGAUUCGCUUCUUGUUGCUAUUCCUGUGAUUAUUAUUGCGGGUGCGGUCGCUAUGGCGCAGGCUUUGCCUAUGCUUGCUGUGAGUCUUUGGCGGAGUGUUAGUGGGUUUGUGCGUGCGAGGAGUCGGGGGUAUCAACGGCCUUAUGCGACGAGGGCUUCGUUUGCGGCGAGGAGAGGGGAUUAUACGCAUGUUGUUGAUGAUGAGGAUGAGUUGCUUGGUGCGGAUGAUCUUGAUGAGGAUGAGGAGGCGUAGAUAUCUAAAUGGCUAUAUGGGGAUCGGAUCGAAAUCUAGAUUUGGGAUCGAAGAUUUGUUGGAAAUUACUUGAUGUGACAUUAUGAGCGCGGUAUGCUGCUGAAUUUCUUUGGAAUUUGGAUCUUUCUUUUCUUCUCUUUUCGUUUCUGUCUAUGUACUUGACUUGCAUAACUUGCUGGCGCCAGAGACAACCGUUUCCAAUCUUUUGGCCAGUUUUUGACGCCUUGGGGCGCAAAAUAUAGAGUUAUAUUUUUUUUCUUUUUUCUCUUCUCUUUUGCUUGUUUUUAGAUCAGGACCACCA